AUGGGGAAUUUCAGGGGGAAUGCGGCGGUCGUGUCGCGGCUGCGCGCGGAUCUCUUAAUUGAGACGUGGACGCGGCGCGCCGUGCGACGCCGCGCCGGCCGAUUUGUUGGAUUCCGGCCGAUUAAUUAUGAAUUAAAGGGCUUAAAUCGACGUCCACACGCUGCGAUCGCCGCCGGCGGACUCGGGCGAUCGCUAACGAACGGAAUUAAUGAACGCACCUUUGCG